AUGGGGGACGCUGUGAGAUCGUUACAGGAGGUACAUGACUUUGUCGAACAAGGGGAGUUCUGGAGGAUGCACGAAGAAAGCCUAGAAUCAUUCCGAGACUCGUGGCAGGUCACACGGGAUGCAGUAAAGGUUCAAGAAGGACUCGAUCGGUUCAAGGCAAACGUGCGCAAGCGAGCGAUUCUCCAGUGGGGGGAGCCGCAGGCCAAUGCUCUUCUCGGGCGUAUAGGUAGCUACGCAAUGCUACGGAAGGUCAGCAAGUCUAUUAGUGAAGGACUAUCCUACCCUGACCUCCAAGCUGCCAUCAACAACGCUAUCGUACACCGGAAGUCUAGACGUGGUCGUGGCAUUCGCCAGUAUGCUCGAAUCAUGCAAAUUGAUCUCGAUGUUGCGCUGGCACAGCGGAAUUUGGCACCCCUUAACCCCCAAACACUACAUACGCUAGGGCUUGGAAUAGACAUGGAUGGAUUUGUCUGUUCUAUUAGCUCAGGUUGCCUAAUGCAGCCGGCGAUACCUGUGCCGCCAGUGCAGGCUAGGGGGGGUAUAAACGCCGCAAACAUACCCAGAUCCCCACUGAAGAGACCCCGUGACGAUAUACCAUCACCGGUAUCGUCACCGCUGUCGUCUUUAUCAUCAACCCCUUCUCUGCCAUCUGAUAGCGAGCAGCACAAGAACGACGAGGACGACGACAGCGAGGGGGAUAGCAGCGACGGCGACGAGGACGACGAGGACGACGACAGCGACGAGGAUAGCGGGGACGACCUCCCUCGCUCUCAAAAGCGGCUACGUCCUAAUCCCACAAACCCCCUGGCCAGCUCUCCCGACUGA